UUCAACGACCACCUCUACCUUCCUCACCGGUCAUCGUCGUCUCAGAUCUCCUCUCAUCUUUCAAUCCCUCUCUCAUAUUCAACACCCUCAUCUCAAAUCUUCACAUUUCCAAUCAUGAAUACUAUUCUCAUCAGACACUCACUCUCGCCGGACCCCAAGCACCUCUUCUCCAGCUCCGCCGCCACCUCCAAUGCCCCCCGAUCCGCCUUCCUCAACUCCAAGCUUCACCUCCCCCAACGCCGCCGCUUCCCUCACCGCGUCCGCCACUCCAACCCUAAUUUCACUCUCUCCAGCUCCCUGCAGCAGCCCGCCGCGUCCACACCGAAUCCAAUCGCGCAGGAGCCGCGCGCCGCCGACGCGGAAGCUGCGGUGCUGCUCGACGUCUCCGGGAUGAUGUGCGGCGGCUGCGUCUCGCGUGUCAAGUCCGUGCUGUCCGCCGACGACCGGGUCCACUCGGUGGCGGUCAACAUGUUGACCGAGACGGCGGCGGUCAAGCUGAGGGCGGAGGCUGGGGGAGCGGAGGAGGAGGUGGCGGAGAGCUUGGCCGGGAGGCUGACGGAGUGCGGAUUCGCGGCGAAGAGGAGGGCGUCCGGGGCGGGAGUGGCGGAGAGUGUGAGGAAGUGGAAGGAGAUGGUGAAGAAGAAGGAGGAGAUGAUGGUGAAGAGUAGGAACCGGGUCGUGUUGGCUUGGACUCUUGUGGCCUUGUGCUGUGGUUCACACGCUUCCCACAUUUUGCAUUCUAUGGGGAUUCACAUUGCUCAUGGAUCGUAUAUGGAUGUGCUACAUAAUUCGUAUGUGAAGGGUGGUUUGGCUAUGGCAGCUUUGUUGGGACCCGGACGAGACUUGCUUUUUGAUGGUCUGAGGGCUUUUAGGAAGGGAUCGCCCAAUAUGAAUUCUCUUGUGGGAUUUGGAUCCCUGGCUGCUUUUACAAUUAGUGCUGUCUCGCUUCUUAACCCUGAGCUUCAAUGGGAUGCAGCCUUUUUUGAUGAGCCGGUCAUGCUUCUUGGUUUUGUGCUCCUAGGACGUUCUCUUGAAGAAAGGGCAAGGAUCAGCGCAUCUAGUGAUAUGAAUGAACUCUUGUCACUGAUAAACACUCAAUCAAGACUUGUAAUUGCAUCCUCAGAAAAUGAUUCCUCCAGUGACACCGUACUUGGCUCGGAUGCAAUUUGCAUUGAGGUCCCUACUGAUGAUGUUCGUGUGGGAGAUUCUGUGUUAGUAUUGCCAGGAGAAACUAUACCCGUGGAUGGAAGAGUUCUAGCUGGAAGAAGUGUUGUGGAUGAGUCCAUGCUCACAGGAGAAUCACUUCCAGUAUUAAAGGAAAAAGAACUUACCGUCUCAGCUGGAACAAUAAAUUGGGAUGGUCCUCUGAAGAUUGAAGCAACUUCAACUGGCUCCAAUUCAAUGAUUUCCAAGAUUGUUCGCAUGGUUGAGGAUGCUCAAGGCCAUGAAGCACCAAUACAAAGGCUAGCUGAUUCAAUAGCUGGACCGUUUGUUUACACUAUAAUGACUCUCUCAGCUACAACAUUUGCCUUUUGGUACUACAUUGGAACUCAUAUUUUCCCUGAUGUUUUGAUCAAUGAUAUUGCUGGGCCAGAUGGAGAUCCUUUGCUGUUGAGCUUGAAACUAGCUGUAGAUGUUUUGGUGGUUUCUUGUCCUUGUGCACUGGGUCUUGCCACACCCACAGCAAUCCUAGUUGGCACUUCUCUUGGAGCAAAGCAAGGACUCCUUGUGAGAGGAGCAGACGUAUUGGAACGCUUGGCCAGUAUAGAUCAUAUUGCUUUAGACAAGACAGGAACCCUCACUGAAGGAAAGCCUGCUGUUUCUACCAUUGCAUCUUUCAAGUAUAAAGAGUUGGAAAUCCUUCAAAUUGCUGCUGCUGUAGAGAGUACUGCAUCACAUCCAAUUGCAACUGCCAUUUUAAAUAAAGCAAAAUCAUUGGACUUGAGUAUCCCAGUCACAAAAAGGCAAUUAACAGAACCAGGUUUUGGAACAUUAGCAGAAGUAGAUGGCCUUUUGGUUGCAGUGGGGUCUAUGGAAUGGGUUCAUGAGCGGUUCCAGAGUAGAACAGAUCGAUCUGAAAUUUUGAACUUAGAGCAUGCAGUGCGUCAAUCAUCAGAAGGCAUAACACCCUCAAAUUAUUCAAAAACAAUUGUAUAUGUUGGACGUGAAGGGGAAGGUAUCAUUGGUGCUAUUGCAAUAUCUGACAGUCUGCGGCAUGAUGCUGAGUUUACUGUAAUUAGACUCCAGCAGAAGGGUAUCAAAACUGUCCUGUUUUCUGGGGACAGGGAAGAGGCAGUUGCAACUAUAGCAAAAGCAGUUGGAAUAGAAAAAGAAUAUAUCAAGUCAUCGUUGACUCCACAGGGAAAAUCUGGAGCUAUUUCUAGUCUUAAAGCUGCAGGGCAUCGAGUUGCAAUGGUUGGUGAUGGCAUAAAUGAUGCACCUUCUUUGGCUCUUGCUGAUGUUGGGAUUGCCCUUCAGAUUGAGGGACAAGAAAAUGCUGCUUCUAAUGCUGCAUCGAUUAUACUUCUUGGAAAUAAGUUAUCACAAGUUGUAGAUGCUCUGGAACUUGCACAGGCAACGAUGGCAAAAGUGUAUCAAAAUUUAUCUUGGGCUGUUGCAUACAACUUAGUUGCCAUCCCCAUAGCUGCAGGAGUACUGCUUCCGCAAUACGAUUUUGCCAUGACGCCAUCUCUUUCCGGUGGGAUGAUGGCCUUGAGCUCGAUAUUUGUAGUAACCAACUCUUUGCUUCUACAGUUUCAUAAAUCUGAAAGUGCUAGGAAGAAUUAGCACCUCCGGUAAUGCUUCCACGCGUAAUCAAGACUUUGAGUUAUAUAAUUCGGUUCAAUUCUUUUUCCAUUAACAAUUAUUGAAACAAGGAAGUUAUUGCCUCCUUAUGUAAUUAGUCUAUAAACAUUUACCACAUAGUAAUUUAUACCUUACCAUACCAAAUCUCCAAAUGUGUUUUCAACUUCUCAUAUGUCUGCUUUCUGCAUGGAGAUUAUGAUGAGAUGUCGACCAGAACUGAUAUUAUUGAUCUGGAUGUCCAUGUUUCUCAUAGUACAGACGUCCCACCAC